ACCGAACAGAGGGCGAGAAGAGGAAGAGUCCAGAAAUAUUGGAGAGGGAUAUAGAGGUGGAUGGACAAAAUGAAGAUAGAAGAAGUUCAGUCAACAGCUAAGAAGCAGAGAAUCGCUACUCAUACUCACAUUAAAGGGCUCGGUCUAGAUGUCAAUGGAAAUGCCAUUCCUUUGGCUGCUGGCUUUGUGGGUCAAGUAGAGGCAAGAGAAGCAGCUGGUCUUGUGGUGGAUAUGAUAAGGCAGAAGAAGAUGGCUGGCCGAGCACUUUUACUAGCUGGGCCACCAGGUACUGGGAAAACUGCUUUGGCCCUUGGAAUAUCCCAAGAACUUGGUAGCAAGGUCCCAUUCUGUCCAAUGGUUGGAUCAGAAGUAUACUCCUCAGAAGUAAAGAAAACAGAGGUUUUGAUGGAGAAUUUUCGACGGGCUAUUGGCUUGCGUAUCAAGGAAAAUAAAGAGGUCUAUGAAGGAGAGGUUACUGAACUCUCUCCUGAAGAGACUGAGAGUGUGACUGGUGGUUAUGGUAAGAGCAUUAGCCAUGUCAUUAUUGGAUUAAAGACUGUUAAAGGAACAAAACAACUGAAGUUGGACCCUACAAUUUAUGAUGCCUUGAUUAAGGAAAAGGUAGCUGUGGGAGAUGUUAUAUACAUUGAAGCAAAUAGUGGUGCAGUCAAAAGGGUGGGUAGAAGUGAUGCUUUUGCCACUGAAUUUGAUCUUGAAGCAGAAGAGUAUGUUCCACUUCCCAAAGGAGAGGUUCACAAAAAAAAGGAAAUAGUGCAGGAUGUGACAUUACAUGAUCUAGAUGCUGCAAAUGCACACCCUCAAGGUGGCCAAGAUAUACUGUCACUUAUGGGUCAGAUGAUGAAGCCCAGGAAAACAGAAAUCACUGAUAAGUUGCGCCAAGAAAUUAAUAAGGUUGUAAACCGGUAUAUCGAUGAAGGGGUGGCAGAGCUUGUCCCAGGAGUUCUAUUUGUUGAUGAGGUACAUAUGCUGGAUAUGGAGUGUUUUUCAUAUUUGAAUCGUGCUUUGGAAAGCUCACUAUCUCCAAUAGUAAUAUUUGCUACUAAUAGAGGAAUAUGUAAUGUAAGAGGGACUGACAUGAAUAGUCCUCAUGGCAUACCUGUUGAUUUAUUGGACCGACUAGUAAUUAUCAGGACACAAAUUUAUGGUCCUGCUGAAAUGAUACAGAUUUUAGCUAUCCGAGCACAGGUGGAAGAAUUGGUUAUAGAUGAAGAAAGCCUCGCCUUCCUUGGAGAGAUUGGACAAAGCACAUCAUUGAGGCAUGGAGUUCAGCUACUAUCGCCAGCCAGCAUUGUAGCAAAGAUGAAUGGUCGAGACAACAUCAGCAAGGCGGAUCUUGAAGAAGUAAGCAAGCUGUAUAUUGAUGCCAAGUCUUCAGCAAAGAUUCUUCAAGAGCAGCAGGAAAAAUACAUUUCAUGAUGAUUGUAUUUGAUAGAUAAUCUCUUGGCAUGAAUCUGUCUUAUUUUUAUGAUCAUUUUGUGUUUGGUUGCAAUCAUAUCAAAACCAAAGUUCUGGACAAAUUUUUUAACAUCAGAAUAUGAUACCCCUUAGUUCAUGACC